CAGUACUGUAGACAUUUGACCGACGUGUACCGUUUUACUGUGUGCCAGCGAAGAAGAGACGGUCCCGCGAUAUUAUGACGCCAGUGUGUGUGUUUUUGUGAGUUUACGUCACGCUGUAUGAUAAAGUGAAUCACGCGCUUGGUUAUAAUUACACCUACUGCCUCCCGUUUGUAUGUAGCUGGGAUUAUCAUUGAAUCGUUUGGGGUUCCGGCCGGACCGUCACGUUCCUCUGGCGCAUGAAAUUCAGGCCCGAAAUAUCUGAUGUGCGUAUGCAUCGUGGCUUGCUGACAACUGAUGACGUUGGGCUCGGAUCUCAAGAGGAUUUGGAGCUGAAGAAUUUUGAGGAUCUUUGCAGGCCUCUAUGGUAACGGGAUAUAUUUUAUAGGUCGUGAAGCGGAAUCCCAGCCCAGCCCGUCAGGAUGGAACCGGUCGGCUAUAUCAUGCGUAAGCUGAUGGAGGGGGAUGCCGGAGACCCUGCCGUCCAGGAGACAGAACAAAGGGGGGUAGCCCCGGCCACAGGGGCACCGGCGGGGGUCACGGAGGGGGGCAAAGGCGGCACCGUACUCAACCAGUUUGGGGAUAAGAUCAUGGAGGAACUCAAUAAGUUACCACUGCCCAUGUGGGCCAUCAUUCUGAUAGCCAUCGUGGCCGGCUUGCUGCUGCUGUGCUGCUGCGGCUGCAUCUGCGUCAAGUGCUGCUGCAAGAAGAAGAAGAAGAAGGAAGGCAAGAAGGGCCUGAAGGGCGCCGUGGACUUGAAGAGCGUGCAGAUGCUGGGAGCCGCUUACAAAGAGAAGGUUCAGCCCGAUGUGGAAGAUUUGGAUAACGGCGCAGACGAAGACGGUGACACGGAUUCCGUCAAGUCGGAGAUUAAACUGGGCAAACUACAAUUCUCCCUGGACUAUGACUUCCAGGAAGGGAAGCUCAAUGUCACAGUUGCCCAAGCAGCCGACCUGCCCGGGAUGGACUUCUCCGGGACGUCCGACCCCUACGUCAAAGUGUACCUCCUGCCUGACAAGAAGAAGAAAUACGAGACCAAGGUGCAUCGGAAGACACUCAACCCGGUGUUUAACGAGACCUUCACGUUCAAGGUUCCGUAUAGCGAGAUCGCCAGCAAGACACUGGUCUUCGCCAUCUUUGACUUUGACCGCUUCUCCCGGCACGACCAGAUCGGUGAGGUCAAGGUCAAGCUGAGCCAGGUUGACCUGGGCAGCGUGGUGGAGGAAUGGAGGGACCUACAGAGUGCCGAAGUGCCUGGCGGAGAGGGCAAGUCAGAGCUCGGCGACAUCUGCUUCUCACUACGCUACGUGCCGACGGCAGGCAAGCUGACCGUGGUCAUCCUGGAGGCCAAGAAUCUCAAGAAGAUGGACGUCGGUGGUCUCUCAGAUCCGUACGUUAAGAUCUCGUUGUACAUGAACAACAAGCGGAUGAAGAAGAAGAAGACAACAAUAAAGAAGAGGACGCUCAACCCCUACUACAAUGAGUCCUUUGGGUUUGAGGUUCCAUUUGAGCAGAUCCAGAAAGUCACAUUGGUGGUGACCGUGGUGGACUACGAUCGCAUGGGAAGCAGUGAGCCCAUCGGCAAGGUGGUCCUGGGCUGCAAUGCCACGGGGGCCGGGCUCCGCCACUGGAGCGACAUGCUGGCAUCCCCGCGACGACCCAUCGCACAGUGGCACACACUGCAGGAUAUGGAUGAGGGGAAGUAAAAAAAACAACAACAUAAAAACCCAACCCAAACGUAUCCAUUAAGUAUUCUAGGGAAACCAUUACUGGAUAUAAACUAACUCUGAAGCAUUUAGCUUGCUUCGUGUGAUGUUACCUGAUCAGCAAGUGCUUCAACCAGUUGUAUUCUGAGGAAGAAUUUGAGGAAUUGUCUUGUCGUUUGAAUUUUGUAAAGAAAUGCAUAGGCCUGAGCCAGAACUACUUGUUAACGCAUGAAAUAUGUACCUACUGUCAGCAUGCUUACUAGGUAAGCAUGAGAUUGGUGGUCUGUGCUAGUGCUUUUAAAAGAUAAUGGUAAGCAUCAGCCAAAAUGUAUUGCUAACCCUUGUAAUAUGCUUAGCGUAAGAACACAGUCUUCUGCUAUUGUAAGUUGCGACUUGUCUCUUAUUCUGAGCAGAGAUUGCUGAUCUGUGCUCGCACUUUGGAAGAUAGUGGUUAGCAUGAGCCAAAGGUUGUUGGUAACCGGUGAAAUAUGCUAACCGUCAGCACACAGUUUUCUGCUUAUUUCAGUGGAGAGUCUUCGCUUACUGUUAGCAGAGAUUAGUGACCUGUGAUAGCACUAUGAGGAGAGAAUGGCUAGCAUAAGCCAGGAUUUGUUGCUAACCCGUGAGAUGCGCUUAGCGUAAGCACACAGUUUUCUGCUAAUGUUAGUGGAGAGUCUUCGCUUACUGUUAGCAGGGAUUGGUGAUCUGUGCUUGCAGUGUAAACACUUAAAAGACAAUGUCGAGCACAAGCACAGAAUUUUGUCGAUAGCCCAACCUCGGGACAAUUCCUCAAAUUCUUGCUUUCUUUGACACCACUGUAUUCCAUAGUAAUAAUAAAUUUUAAAAAACCGAUCAGGCCACAUCUGUACAAAAAGAAAAUACCGAAGUAAGUAAUCCUGUCUUCAGCCUUCAUGGCAGUAUUCAUAAUAUAAAACUGUUGUUAUAGAUUGUAUACAAAUAGUGACUGCAUGGCGUACAAGAUAUAUGAGAAUUCUGUUUAGUCACUAGAUGUGUCAAAUGUUCUUAGAUUGUGAAAAAAAAAUCUAGCUACCUGUUUAUACGACCAAAAUAUGCAUGGCAUUCCAAUCCUAAUAGGACUUUCCAUGAUUCCCUAAAUAGCACAUUCCUCGUUUUUAUUUAAAACUUUAUUUCCACUGUAAUGGUUGAUUGCAAACACCUUCCCUACACACAGUAUAUCAAUGCAUCAGUAAUGUGUAAAUCACCAUAUCUCGUACUUAAAAAAAAAAAAAAAGACUCAACAAACCUAUGCGGAGUUAUUAUGAAGACUUUAUGUAGAUACACAUACACCUACGCUCAUCAGGUUGUGUGCUGUUGGCAAUUGUUAAUGUCAGAUUGCAUUAUAUUUUUGUGUAUAUGUGCAUGUUUUUAGUUGUGUCUUUAACAUUUAAGGCUGCUGCUGUAGAGUAAGAGUGUUGCUUGAGUUUCUGCAAUAUUCAGUUCGUCAGGGUAGCUCAGUUAAUCAGAUAAUGGCCUAG